UUCCAGGUUGCCAUUCUUUCUUUCUUUCUUUCUUAUUGUUGUUGUUCUUUCACACAUCCCAGAAAAUGUCGUCGGCAACCAAGCUCAAGUAUGUCGCUCGCGAGGUGCUGGACGAGCUCCCCGUCCCAUCCGGCCCCAACGAGCAUAUUGUCCGAGUCAUUGCGACGCGCGGGAACAAUCUCCACGAGGUCGAGUUCCCGGACGGCCAGCGGAUACUCUGCAUGAUGCCGACCAAGUUCCGCAAGAAGAUCUGGAUCAAGCGCGGAGACUAUCUCAUUGCCCAGAAGCUCGAAGGGAGCGAGAAGCUCAACCUCCGCGUCCAGGCGGAAAUCAACCACGUACUCUACCCCGACCAGCUCAAGGAACUCCGCGCCAUGGCAAUCUGGCCGGAACGAUUCCGAGACGCGCCAGUGUCCACUCCGGCAUCUGCUGAAGCACAAUCCGUCCGAAAGGAGGCCCAAGCAGAUGGAAAUGAAGACGAGAAUGAUGACAGCGACGAAGAAAAUGACGAUGAUCUCUUCCAAAACCCAAAUCGCCGUCGCUACGGUGGUCCAGUCGACCCUGAAGACGAGGACGAUGACGAGGACGAUGAAGACGACGAUGGCAAUAAUGACGAGCAAGACCAAUAGUUGCACAGGAGCAUUUUUUUUGUUAACGUUGAGUUUCAGUUGAAGAAAAAACAAACAAUACUC